AUCUUCGUAAAGACGUUGACAGCCAAAACAAUAGCUUUGCCGUUUAAGCCUAAAUAUACAAUCGAGAGCAUUAAAAGCAUGAUUCAGAUCCAUGAGAAUAUUCCUUCAGACCAGCAAAGACUGGUUUUCCAAGGAAAGCAUCUUAAAAAUGGAAGAACUCUGCAGGAUUACAACAUCCAACAUGGAUCGACUUUGCAUUUUAUAUUACAUUUGAAAGGUGGGGCUUUUGAGCCU